CGGUUCCGGGUCGGGCCGCGCUGCGGGCGGUGCUGCAGCCCGCGCUCGGCUCACAGUCGCAGCGCCCCGGCCCCGCACUCCGGACCUGGGCAGGUGGUGGCCGCUCGGCCGCUCCCGGGGCCACAUGGCUGAGGGGGACGGAGGGAGCGACCAGAGGCAGAAUGAGGAAAUUGAAGCAAUGGCAGCUAUAUAUGGCGAGGAAUGGUGUGUCAUUGAUGACUGUGCCAAAAUAUUUUGUAUUAGAAUUAGCGACGAUAUAGAUGACCCCAAAUGGACACUUUGCUUGCAGGUGAUGCUACCGAAUGAAUACCCAGGUACAGCCCCACCUAUUUAUCAACUGAAUGCUCCUUGGCUUCAAGGGCAAGAACGUGCAGAUUUAUCGAAUAGCCUUGAGGAAAUAUAUAUAGAGAAUAUUGGUGAAAGUAUUCUUUACCUGUGGGUGGAGAAAAUAAGAGAUGUCCUAAUACAAAAAUCUCAGAUGACAGAACCAGGCCCAGACGUAAAGAAGAAAACUGAAGAGGAAGAUAUUGAAUGUGAAGAUGAUCUCAUUUUAGCAUGUCAACCAGAAAAUCCAGUUAAAGCAUUGGAUUUUGAUGUCAGUGAAAAUCGAACAGAAAUAGAAGAAUUACCUCCGAUUGAUCAUGGCAUUCCUAUCACAGACCGAAGAAGUACUUUUCAGGCACACUUGGCUCCAGUAGUUUGUCCCAAACAGGUGAAAAUGGUUCUUGCCAAAUUGUAUGAGAAUAAGAAAAUUGCUAGUGCUACCCACAACAUCUAUGCAUACCGAAUAUAUUGUGAGGAUAAACAGACCUUCUUACAGGACUGUGAGGAUGACGGGGAAACAGCAGCUGGGGGGCGUCUUCUCCACCUCAUGGAGAUUUUGAAUGUGAGAAAUGUCAUGGUGGUGGUAUCACGCUGGUAUGGAGGGAUUUUGCUAGGACCAGAUCGCUUCAAACAUAUCAACAACUGUGCCAGAAACAUUCUAGUGGAGAAGAACUACACAAGUUCACCGGAGGAAUCAUCUAAGACUUUGGGAAAGAACAAAAAAGUAAGAAAAGACAAGAAGAGGAGUGAACAUUAAUACCUGAAACUGUAUGAAAGGUUAAUUUGCCUAUAAUCAUAUACAAAUUCCACAGUCAUCAAGGAAUAUAUUGUGCAGAGAGAGAAUCCUGGACUGUUCAAGUCAGCCAGUUCAUUGUGGACACCAAUAUUAUCUUUUCUUCUUUGGUUAUAUCAUCUGCCAAAAAUAGAGAACUUGUGAUAUUUUCAUGAGUGUUUCAGGCUGAUUCAGAAGGAUUAGUUUGAACUUAAUCACCACUUCAUAUAAUUUUAGGAAGGUAACAGUUGCCCAGGGCAGUACCUGAAUUAACUGUCCAUUUCAUUACAUGUCAAGUGCCUUUGUUAGGUGGGGAAGAAGUGUCUCUAGAGGAAUAUAAAUACCUGAUUUCUUGUCAUUGGGGUUCUCGUUCUGUUAAAUGAAUAUUACCUUUUACUGCUCUUUACGGCUCCGUAUGGCUUAUUGAAAUAGGGGCUCAUUGAAGAUUGAUCUUAGAGAGUUUCUUCUUGUGAUUUUAGUUCAUAAGUAUGUCACCUUUCAUUUUAUAGUGCUCAUGGAGUGACGGAUUAAGUGAAAAUCCAGGAGUAUCCAUCUGCAGUUAUGUGCUGAAGUGAUAAUUCAUCUAACAGAUUUGUUAGCAUAAGUGUUAUGCCUCACUUUCUGUCGCAAAUUGGUGAUUGUGAAAUUUCAAAAAGUGAUUUUCUAGUCUCUACGUUUUUUGUUUAAUUCUUGUACUGUUAAGCAAUAAAUACGGUGUGCCAGUAGUCUCCUCCCACCACCGAAAUGUGUUGGUGUAAUAUUCUGGUUUCUUUUAACAACCUGGAGUACCUUUCUUGUGAUCUUCCUUGAGAAAUUAGAACUAUGCCAGAAGCUGUGCUAUGGUUAAUGGAACAUUUAUGGAAUGGGGUAGAGGUGGCAGAACACCACUGGUGUAAGGUGAGAGAGUGCAUUGUGUAGUGCUGUAAAUGUGAUGCACGUUUCCCAUCCACACUCCUCCAGCUAUGCUUCUCAACUCCAUGACUUUGUGGAGAGAAGGAGCAAAUCUUUGAUUGGAAAAACAGAGAAAAUCCCUCUUUUUUUCCAUCUUCCUUUCAUCAGUGUUUUAUAAAAGUUCCUUCUUUCAUCUGCAAGUUGUGCAAUUUACCUCUAGGCAUUUAGACAAUAAAUUUAUCCAUGAGAUAUAAGUCAUUAACUGUUCCCUUUUAGAUAAUGAUUGCAAACAAUUAUUAAAAAUUAUUAAUUGGUCACAGAUAUACUUGAGAUUCCCUUCCAAAGAGAGGGAACAGAAAUAAGGAAGCAAUUUGGGAUGGUGCUGGAGCAUGGAAAACAUCAGAGAAGAGUGGACACAGAUUUUUUUUCUAUUCUCUGAUGUUUUACCUUUAAGAGAUCUAACAUCCUAACUUGGUAUUUUUAAUAAGAAUCUAGUAAACAGCUUUACACUAGGAUGGAUUCUGAGAAGUAAAAUCUAAAUUAUAUUUGUUGUAAGUGUGUUUAAUUGUUGUAACCUAUAUUUAUUUAAAACACUUACCUCAGAUUCCAUGAAAAAAUUAAGUAUGUUUUAUGUAUUAACUGUUAAAAUAAUUAAAGAACUUAAAGACCAUUAAUUAACAUUAAAAUAAUUUCACAAGCAUGUCAAAACCUGUGAAAGAAGAUAUAAAACAGUAAGAAUUGCUGCUACAGAAAAAUGAAUAUGAGUUAAUUUUUCUGCAACACCAAAUUUGAAUUCCCUUUUAGCUGUUUUAUCUAACAUUUAUUUAGGUCUUUAUAGAAAACCUUUUUAUCUCUGAUCCCAUUUUCCCUUAUUAAAAAAAAUAUUUUUGCUUCUUUCAUUAACCACAUUUUCCAGACUAAAAAAACCUAAUAUCCUUUGCCCAAAGUCAGGUAGUGAAAAGGAGAGACCCAAAAGUCUCCAAUUCUGGAACGUGAGUUAUUUUACACUCUUCAUUAUGGACCCCUAACUAGUUAUAGUAUCUUUUUGUCUAUUUAAAAUUUCUCUUGAUUAGAAGGUUUUCAAAUUCUUCAAAUUCUUCUAAAAUUCAAAUAAUAAUUUUCCAUAGCCAGAUCUAUGCUGUGGCAUAUUUGAUAGCAUAUUGUGUUUGUUAGUUAGAAAUAUUCUCCAUAUGCCAGUUUGUAAGAGCAAGUAGCAACAUCUUGCUACUUGCUCUUACAAAAUAGCAAGUAAUGGGAAUAGCAGUAUGAUUUGGAGGUAUAUAUCAUGAAACAUUUGAUAUAUACCUAUUUGAAGAGACAUUAUAUCAAACUAAUCACAACCAAGAAAGAAUAGCAUGAAGCAGAUACUGUUUGAAGGCAGGUAAAAUUUAUUGCAGAAAUUGUAUAGUCACCUGUAAUUCCACUGUCUAGAAAUAACCAUUAUUAACAUUUGGUAUGUACAUCCUUCUAUUUUUUUCCUAUGCAUGAUUUUGUAUAUAUGGCUAUUUUUCUUUCCAUAAAAAUGGUACUAAACUGUAUAUACUGUUUUCUAUCCUGCAUAUUUCAUAUAGAAGUAUAUUGUUAACAUUUUCCCAUGUCAAUAAAUAUUCUUCUAUGGCUUAA